GGGGCCGCUUUCGCUUUGUGCGCGCCGGGGCGGCGGUACAUCAAAGCCUUCUAGUUCCCGCUCCGGCCUUUGACGGUCGCGUCGCGGCCGCUCGCUCAGUCAUCGCUCGGUUGUAGGCGAUGUCGGCGCGCCGUAGAUGAGCGACUCGCGCGCGCGCGCUCGCACGAGGAGCGCGGGCUCCUCGUCACGAGUGAUCUGCGGGAAAGUUUCGCGAGACGAGAAGGAACGGGGAUUCCUCGCCUACGUCGUUCGCCAGGGUGUUUACAUGUCCGUGCGAGACUUUGAGGCGUGAUAGGCGAAGGGGUGAGAACGCGAUUGGGGAGAGAAGAUGUCGCCUCGCGGUGGCAAGUGCGCGCGUGUCAGCAAGGUGGCGACCACGCCAAGGGGCGCCAAGCGCGCACCCAACACGUCUCCUCGGGUCUUACGGAAGCUGAAGAAACAACAACAACAACGUCGACGGUGGUGGCGACUACGCGACGACGACGACGACGACGACGACGACGACGACGACGACGACGUUAACGGCGACGGUGACGUCAAACGGAACGGCGAUCGCGACGACGAGAAUGGACAAGCCGCGGUGGUGCACACGACGGCGUGCAACGCCGAGGGUCGAUCGCAGUGGAGCGGGCGCAUGCGCCUCCUGGAGAGCAGCUCCGAGCCAGCCCGUGAAAACGGCGCCCCGUUGCCGCGUUGUUAUCCGGAGAGGCAACGACGACGAGAGAGACACGUCGCCGCGGGGAGGAAGCAUCGACCGGCGAGGUGCGCCGAGAACGCCACCGUCGUCGCCGGCUCCUCGUGCUCGUCGACGUCGUUGUCGUCGCCGCCGCCGGCCCUAUCCUCGCCCGCGUCCUCCUGCGCGUCCUCGCGCCGCUCGACCUCGCCGCCCUCGAGCGCCUCGUCGCCGGCGCGUUCCUCCACUUCGUCGUCGGUCACGAGCGAUCCGCUUGCGAUCAAGCCAGCGGCCGGGAAGCGGAAGCGGAACAACGACACCGGCGCGGCGACUCAUGGAGCGACGACGAUCACCUCCUCGACCACUGUGUCCACCACGUCACCGUUCCCCCCCGUGUCCACGUCUUCGGCGUCCUGCCGGACGACGACGACCACCCCGCGCGGCGUCGCGCCAUCGUCCUCGUCCGCUCUCGAGAGGCUAAGAAGUGUCCUUGAAAAUUACGAUCGCAGUCGAAUCUAUCUCGCCCACGUUUGCUACCUGGACUGGCGGGAUCUGCCGGGGUCAUCAUCGGACACGGUUGUUGGUGGCCGGCCGUCACUGGCGACCACGUUGUCUACGCAGGGUCAACAUGCUGACGCAGCCGGUGGUGUACGCGGGCGGUGGAGGGGUUCCUUAACCGCCGAUCUCUUUCUCUGGUGGUUCCAUCACGAGUUUGCCGUCACGGCAAUGGCGAUGCAUCCGGAUGGCGCCGUGCUGGUGGCCGAGAGCGCCGAUUACCUACCAUCGGAGGGUGACUGCGUCGCCGCGGACGGUCUGGUGCGGCUAUUUAUCGUUCCCAAGGACUGUAUGGAGACGCGGCUGGUGAUCCGAGAGCUUAGAGUGCGACUGGCUACCGGAUUACUGUCGAAAGCACGCUGCGGCGUUUACCGCGACAAGGUCUUCUCGAACUCGAGCGAGGAAGGGACGGAUCACCGAUUGGACGCGUACCUGAAAUGGUUCACGCUGAAAGAGGCAUUCGCGGAUUUGCAUCGCGCCUGGCUCAGCGUUCGGUCGGACACCUUUGCUCGCAGCUGGACGUUGCCGCGCGAUCGCGAUGAUUCGCUGGCGGGACGUAUCGGCGCCAUAUUGCCGUCCAGAAUCCACGCGGUGGACCAGGAGGAGGAUAGAAUGCUGCUGGUCGAGCUGCAGAAUCUUGCCAGGGAAGCCGGACUGGAAGUCGACGACGACGAGCUCGGCAGGUGGAUCGUGGACGAGGAGAGCGCUUUGGCACGCGUUGUCAGGAAACGAGAGCCAGAAGAGCCAGAGCAGGUAGGAUGUCGGGUGAAGAUCGAAGCGGAGGACAAAUGGUCGGAACGUAAUGGCGACGAAGAUGAAGACGGAAACGACGGCGUCGAGGAAGAUGACGAUGAGGACGAGCCGACUGCCGAGGAGGCUGUCGGGCUUCUCUCGAGGGUACUGACCUGGAUGGAGAGGGAACCCCUCGAUCCAGGACUCUUGCUGGCGGUCAGAUCGAUGCGCGAUACCGCUGCACUUAUGGCGGGCAAAAUGGCAGGCUUGGCGGGGACGCAUCCGGGCGGGUUGCCCUUCUUUUGCCCGAAUGGAGAACAUCUGACGCAACCACCUCCUGCCCAUAUGGGCAUACCACCCUACGGAGCACUGGACGCUGGCAAAGCGGCUGCCGCGGCCGGUCUCACGAGGGCACCAAUGUACCCUUUCUCGACGGGCCAGUAUCCAUAUCCCAUGCUUAGUCCAGAAAUGACGCAAGUCGCUUCUUGGCACACACCGAGCAUGUAUCCCAUCUCGCCGGCAAACGCCGGCUUUCGGAGUCCGUAUCCCACAAGUUUACCCAUCACGAGUUCCAGUUUAUCAAGUGAUCUCUACCGGUUUUCGCCGACGAGCCUCAUGCCACCGCAUCCAGGUCUCAGUCCGCACGCACACGCGUUGGCGUCGCACGCGUUGGUGUCCUCGGCGCCGAAGGCGGAUCACUCCACCCUGGAUCACAAUCACAGCGCCACGCGACAGGUGACGAAACCGUUUAGGAUCGUUCCAUGGAUCGUUUUGGAUCAUCUCGGCGGUGUGGCCGCGAGUAAACACCAGGCAGCCCCGUAUGUGGCGAUGGAGCCAGCCGAGUGCCUGGAGCCGCUGAAUUUGGUGAUCAAAAAGGACGACACUGACGACAGCGGGCCGGAAAGGAUCGCGGAGGCGUCGAUCGACGAGGAGAAGGACGCCGUUCUCGCGGCCGAGGAGAACGCGAUCGAGGAUAACAUGGCGAUACUCCAGGACGCGGUCAAGUCCGCCGAGUCCGGCGGUUUACCAGCCGCGGAUCACAAGCUCCUGACCGCGCUCUACAUGAGCAGCCUCAUGCAGAUGUCGAGUCUGAGCGCCCCGCGCAGCAUCGCGCCGCCGCCGUACGGCGCUAGCCAACAGCAGCAGCAGCAGCAGCAACAGCAGAGCUUCGUUCAGCUGCUGGCGAUGGUGGAGGCGCGACACCGCAUGUGGCAGCAGAUGAACUGGCCGCUGCCGCAAAACUUCCUGAGGAAUCCGCUGACGUUACCACCGACCGCGCCGCCGUACUUUGACGGCGCGACGACGACGCCGACGCCGGCGCCGACGCCGAACCUGACCGACCAGCUGUCCCAGAACGCCGCGCCGACCUACCCCCUAUCCUGCGCGAAACCCGAACCCCUGAAUCCUGAGGCCAAACAGUCCUACUUUAAUAAACGGUCUACGAUAGAACAGAAAAAUUCCACGUCGUUACCUACGGACAACGCGAAAGCCCAGGAUACGGGUCAACAAAACAAUCAAGAUAAAAAGAAACCCCAUAUAAAAAAGCCUUUGAACGCGUUUAUGCUGUACAUGAAGGAGAUGAGGGCGAAGGUUGUAGCAGAGUGUACCUUAAAGGAGAGCGCCGCGAUCAACCAAAUAUUAGGGAGACGAUGGCACUCGCUAAGCCGGGAGGAGCAGGCGCGGUAUUAUGAGGCGGCCAGGCAGGAACGCCAUCUGCAUCAACAACGAUAUCCCGGCUGGAGUGCCAGGGAUAACUACGGAUAUGGCAGCAAGAAGAAGAAGAGGAAGAAAGAGCGCUCCGCAGAUCCCACCGGAGGUAAUAACAUGAAGAAAUGUCGCGCCAGGUACGGAUUAGAUCAACAGAGCCAGUGGUGCAAGCCCUGCAGACGUAAGAAGAAAUGUAUCAGGUACAUGGGGGAGGGAGGAGACGGCGAUGGUGAAGCCGACGGCGAAGUCGAGGACGAUCACUCGGAGGACAAUCUGGGCAGCGUAGGUGAGGCGGGAACUCCUGAGGACGACGAGUCCCUCAGCAGUCCCGGAGGCUUGUCCGCGUUGUCUAGUCUGGCGAGUCCUUCGCUGGUCUUACCAUCACCCUCGAGUCUGUCCAGCCCGUGUCCGUGUCCGUUGACGCCCCCGGUGGCGCCGCCGCCCCUGUCGAACACUGGUCAAUCGGCGCACAAUCAACCAACGACGACAACCGCGGCGAUGGCUGGAGCGGCGGUGACGACGGCAUCGGCUGCGGCGACGCAGCAACCAACCCCGCAAACCCAUCGCAAUCCCGUCGGCACGAAUCCUCACGACAUCAAUAAUCCGCUCAGCGUGAAUCAGCUGACCGGGCAGUGUAUAAAGAGUGAGCCCGCGCCCUCGGGCCCUUCCAAUCCGGCGAUCAGCGUCACGUAGCCCCGGCCGGACCCACAUGACCGAACUGUUGCUACAUGCGGUGUCAUCUACGGGGUCCGUCUACGUGUGCACGCGAUAAGAAAGCCGGAUGACGAGGUGAUGAGAGACUGGCGAAUGAGAAAAACUUUCCCACAAUCACGAGGUUUUCACUUUUAAGAGAGGGGUUUUUGUUUCUCCGCCGAUCUGAUCAGGAGGGACCAGAUGAUAGGGAUUCAAGAUGAGUUUUAGUACUUUUAAAAAGAAAAACUCUCAAAGAUAGUCCGAGGGUUCCGCUCAUGAUAGUAGUUGAUCGUGCUUCGCUCGUGGGGAUCGAACGCGAUCUGCGGGGUUUGUUAUGCUCCAGAUCCGGCCACAAGGAGUCGUCGAUCGCCGCCUCGUCAUUGUGAUGAUGGUGUUGCCUUCGGUUGUUUUCUCCUGGCACAGCCUCGCUCUUAUGCAUUCGCCGAAGUAUAGGUCAUCCAGUGUCCCACAUACAAAUUCGGGAACUUAUUCCCGAUCAAGACAUUAUAUACAUGUGUAACAAACGAAAUAAAAACAAAUACGAUGCAAAAAUACUCAGGACCAAGUUUUUGGCUGUAGUCACCCGCUCGGUAAAGAGAAAGAUAUGUGAGCGAGAUGCGUAAGCGUGAGAGAAUAUGUAUGCGUGCGUGCGUACGAAGUUAGGAAAGAAAAAAAGUGCAUGUCCAGAUAAUAAAUAAUAUGACUGAAAGAACAGACUCGUUGGAGAUGCACGUGACGCAGCUUGUAGUCCUUGUUACGUUGUGAUGCCAAUGACUGAGAGGUCAUGUUCCUGUGCCAGCUACUAUACUCUAGAAAAGUAAUUAUAUCGCGAACAAGUAGCUAAGAGCGUAAGACGGAAGAGUUGAGAGAGAGCGCCGUGAAAAAAGAAUGAAA